GUAAUUAUGAUGAGUCGAAGAUAAGUUUCAAAGAGACACGAUAAGAAGUGUAUGUGGUGCUGCCAUUCCCAGUGGAAAGUACGAGAAUCGCAAUAAGGUUCCAUUGAUGGAAGGGAUAAUGCAGAUUGCUUAUGAUGCUACGGUGAAGCUGAUGCUCGCUUCUCUGGAACGCAACUUGCUCCCUGACGCUGUCACCAGGACACUCACGCGCCUGCUGUUGGCUACGCGCCUUCGCUCUAGUUACAAGCCAUCCUCUGACCUUCAGCUCUCCGACCUCGUCCACUUCGCACAUUCUUUGCAAGAGAUGCCAAUUGCAAUCAGCACUGAUAAAGCAAAAUCUCAACAUUAUGAAUUACCAACUUCCUUCUUCAAGUUGGUACUCGGAAACAAUCUCAAAUACAGCUGUUGUUAUUUUUCUUCUGCCUCAAAGACUCUGGAAGAUGCUGAAGAAGAAAUGUUGAAACUGUGCUGUGAGAGAUCAAACCUGAAAGAUGGCCAUACAGUUCUUGAUGUUGGAUGCGGUUGGGGAUCACUGGCUUUAUACAUUGCCAAGAAGUAUACUAGUUCCAGGGUUACAGGAAUCUGCAACUCCACAACUCAAAAGGCUUAUAUUGAGGAGAAGUGCUUGAAUCUUCAGCUAAAAAAUUUGGACAUAAUUGUUGCUGAUGUUAGCACAUUUGAAAUGGAAGCUUCUUACGACAGAAUAUUUUCCAUAGAAAUGUUUGAGCAUAUGAAGAACUACAAAGACCUUCUAAAGAAGAUAUCCAAAUGGAUGAAAGAUGAUAGUCUUUUAUUUGUUCAGUAUUUCUGCCACAAAGCAUUUGCUUACCACUUUGAGGACAAAAAUGAUGAUGACUGGAUUACGAGAUACUUCUUUACUGGAGGAACAAUGCCUUCAGCAAAUCUACUUCUUUAUUUCCAAGAGGAUGUUACAGUCACCAACCAUUGGCUAGUAAAUGGGAAACACUACGCACAGACCAGUGAAGAAUGGCUCAAAAGAAUGGACCAGAGAAUGGCCUUCAUAAAGCCAAUUAUGGAAUCAACGUAUGGCAAGAAUUCAGCUAUCAAGUGGACUGCCUAUUGGAGAACAUUCUUCAUAGCUGUAGCAGAACUUUUUGGAUACAAUAAUGGGGAAGAAUGGAUGGUUGCACAGUUUCUUUUCAAAAAGAAAUAAACCUUAUUUGAGAAUGGCGUUAGGACCAAAACGCGGCUAAACGAGGUUGCACGCUUCAAUAAUGUUACAUACUUUUUUUAUGAAUAGUGACUUAUUUUAUAUUUGAUUGUCUGUCUUUAUAUUUACAUCUUUCUGCUU